AUGCCCGACUUCAACGACUCCAUCGCGCCGCCGUCGCGCCCCGUUCCCGUCCGCGAGGACUGCUGGUCCGAGGAGGCCUCCUCCACCCUUGUCGACGCUUGGGGUCGCCGCUACCUCGAGCUCAACCGAGGCAACCUCCGCCAGAAGGACUGGCAGGACGUCGCCGACGCCGUCAACGCGCUCCAUGGCCAUACCAAGAAGACGCACCGCACCGACGUCCAGUGUAAGAACCGCAUCGACACCAUAAAGAAAAAGUACAAGAUCGAGAAGGCUAGGGUUUCGUCUUCCAACGGUACUCUCUCUUCCUCCUGGCCUUUCUACGAACGACUGGACGCUCUGAUUGGCCCUAAUUUCAACGCCAAGAAACCACCUUCCUCCUCGCCUACUCCAUCGCCGCCUGUGGCUCUUCCGCUGCUUCCGCAUCGGAAGAACCCUUCCUCCUCGCCUGCGAUUGCGGUGACACCGACGGCCGUUGCGCUGCCGCAGAAGCGCUCUGCGGCGGCCGCGGCGAUGGAUGAGGGUUACUUCAGGAGGAAUUACUCCGCCGUGGCAGCGGCUGCGGCUGCGGCGGAGGCUGACGAGGAGGAGGAGGAAGAGGAGGAGGAGGAGGCGGAGGAUGUGGAGGAGGACGAGGAGGAUGAAGAUGAAGGGAGGGGUAGCGAGGUGGAGGAAGGGGAGAAGGAGAGGGAAGGGAUGAGGAGGUUGGCGAAGGCGAUAGAGAGGUUUGGGGAAGUGUAUGAGAGAGUGGAGGGGCAGAAGCUGAGGCAGAUGGUGGAUUUGGAGAAACAGAGGAUGCAGUUUGCUAAAGAUCUUGAAGUUCAGAGGAUGCAAAUGUUUAUGGACACACAGGUUCAGCUCGAGAGAAUUAAGCGCGGGAAACGAUCUGGCUCUAACGGUGAGAUACAAUUUCUUUCUGCCUUAUUUCCCUAUUUGGCUUGA